CAUCAGUCAGCAGAGGGGUCCUGCCACUGAACACACCACAAAACACAAACAAAAACCUUGUUGUCGAGCUCGCGAUCUGCUGUUUGUUGUGUUGUUUUUCCCCCUUUGUCGUCUUCAGCAUACGCAACCCACAACACCACGCACCACCACUGCCACACCCUCGCACGCACACACACACGCUCUGACUGACAACGUGCAUUGGUGGAGGUGCUGUGGACGCACGACGAGGGGUGAGAGGGAAGGCGUGGCCAAGCAACCCCACCAACAAGCAAGCAAAGAAGCAGCAAAGAAGCAAAGAAGCAAGCCACCGUCCACUACCACUCAACAUGAGUGGCUACGAGUUUGUGGACCUGGAUGAGGAUGGAGGCAUCCUCGGCUUCGGCGAUCUACUGGAUGACGAGGACGACACUGGCAUCGUCAGUGCACAGUCCAAGGACGCUUCCAAACCACCAACGGAACCGAGGCAGAACAAGCCCUUAUCACAAAAAGCGGCCGAGGCGCUGGAGCUGGUGCGGGAGGCGGAGGCGUCGGUGUAUUCCUGGGGUGCAGACGCAAGAGAGAAUUGCGCACGACAGCUAUACGAGCUCGAUUACGCUGCCGAGCGUGUGCAACUUCCUUGUCUGGAGCACCGGCGCUUCGACGCCCAUCGCCGCACAACAGAGCCCGCAUAUGCCCGCGACUUUCGCGCCACUUUCCCCGAUCUCGAGCGCUGGCUGCUGCAGAUGCGCACCGUCAGCCAGGGCGGGUGGCACGUCGCCGCCAUCACAGACGGCAUCAAGAACCCGGCCAUUGUCUCGCUACUGCCAAAGGCAUCUCCACCCUCGCCCGCAGCACAGCGCCCGCGUCGGACGGUGCGGCGGGCAGCCACAUCUGCGGUGAUUGCGCCCAACAGCCCACUCGCUGUUCCAAAACGGCACUCGUCUGUUGGUGAGGAUAAGCCAAAGUCUGCUGAAAAGUCGAAGAAGAAGAAGCAGCGUGCACCCUCGCGCCACCUGUCGCUCAGCGAUCUCGAACACAAGGAGAAGGCCCUGGGGAACGCUGGCCUGUUUGAGCGACUGGCAAAGGACAAAACUUUAAUCAAACAACCGUGGUACCACGGCGACAUUUCGCGCGGGGAAGCUGUGCAACGUCUGGCCAGCACGAAUCCGGGCACGUUCCUCUUGCGUCUCAGCAGCAGGAGAAAAGGCAUCACACUCUCCCUCAACACCCCUGAUGGGCCAAAGCACUUCAUCAUCAUCCCGGCAAAGGGCAAUUUCAGCAUCUUCGGCCGCGACGGCAACUUCAAGACCAUUCCAAAGCUGGUGGACUUCUAUCGCAAGAACCCGCUUGCCGUGGACGGCACGUCGCUCGUGUUUCCCUGCCCGCUGCCGGAAGAUGAAACUGAUGAGGGGCAUGCGUAUGUCGAGUUCUUGCGUUCUGACGUCGACAAGCAGGUGAUGCGUGCUGUUGCUGAGCGCGGGCGUGCGCGUCGCGAGCAACACGAGGAAGAACGACGACGACGACAGGAGCGGCGGCAGUUGACGCCUGACAGCAGCGGUAGCGGCAGUGCCCGUGCGCCACGGCAAGCGCAGCGCAGGAAGUCGAACAUCGCACAGCUGGUGGGCGCGUGGGAGGCUGGCAAGGACUCGUCUGCUUCUCGCGAGAAUCUGCUGACAACCGAUGACGACGACGAUGACGACGAUGAUGAUGCAUUUGAAGGGAGCGAUGCCGAGACACAGUCCCGUCUGACGAAGAGCGCAGACGCCGCGCUGUGGAGAAAUUCCAUGUUCGGUGCUCGCACGCGCUCCAGUGGCAGCUUGGCCGCAUCGCUACUCAGCAUCACCCCUGCUGAACGAAUCAACCCAGCAGCAUCAGAAGAGGAGAUUCGCGAGCAGAUUGAGGAGUUGACGGAUCACAUCGCAGCAGAAGAGCAUCGAAUCACAACCGUUGCAGGCAAAACCGCGUCAACUGAAACGGCGCAAGCGUCGCAGAAUUUAGAGCGUCUUCGGUCUACGCUGCGUCAAUAUGAAGACCACUUGCAUGAGAUGCAAAGGGCGCACCCAAACGUUCGAUCCACAGCUUGAUGCGUCAUGCAUGGCUUGAACGGCCUUCCCUCACUCGUCGACCAUGCUGUGAGGAUCUCUGCUUGAUUCGUUCUUUGCUACUCUUGGCACCGCCCAGCACGUGUUGUUAUCCCCCCCCCCCACGUCAUCCCUCAGUAUUGACACGCUGACCACAUGUGUUUGUGUCCUUCACUCGAGCCCUCAAAGUCACACUAGUUCACCACGCGUCCGCUCGUUCUCCCCCAACCCUACUUGCACUGAUUUUUCUUUUUCUGACUUGUUUGCCUGAUUGCAUAUUCGUUGCGCCACUGCUAUGUAAGCUGCGUUCCUUGGCACUGUUUUGUGUGCAUGUUGUUGUCGACUCGUGCGGUUCUGUACUUGUGUCAUGUUGGUUCUUUCCCCCAUGUGUUCUGGAG